ACUGAGCGAAACGCGGGGAAUAUUCCGCCUUUCACUGAAAAUAUCUUUUGUUUGCCGGUUGGCAUGUAGACUGACAAACCGACAAACAUUAUAAGGAAGUUCGGGGAAUCAUAUACAGAAUAUCAUAGUUUCACGGGUUUCAGUCCACGCUGUUUCUGUUCCUCUAAAAUGAAAGUACAGCGUGAGUUUUGCCAGGCGCGGCUGUGAUUCACCUGCCAGCUACGCCCAGUUCCCUGAUGCAACACAGUUAUUGUCACAUUAAAAGUGGGACUGGCCGGGAUUAUUAAACCCCUGACUUCACAUGAAAGCUCACAAGACAACUGACUCCGCCAACAUGCAGUCCACAAUGUCUGGUGAGAAGACCAUUGUUUUCUUUGACCUGGAGACCACUGGAUUAGACACCGCAGUGUGUGACAUCAUCCAGCUGUCGGCCAUCAGUGGAGACAGGGUCUUUAAUGUCUACACUCUCCCACACGACACCAUCUGUGAUGAGGCCACCCGGGUCACAGGCUUCACUGUCGACAGUGGCACCCUGCUGCUCCAUGGGCGACGUGUAGAAACCAUCCCCCUCCGUGAGGCUCUCUCCACCUUCAUCUCCUUCCUCCAUUCCUUCCGAUGCCCCCUGUUGCUGGCGGCCCACAAUGCAAAGCGAUUUGACGCACCUGUGCUUUCCAGAGCGCUACGAGAGUGCUCCCUCACACGAGAGUUCCGGGAGGUGGAAUCUAAAUUUCUGGAUACGUUCUUGAUCAGUAAGAGGCUCUUUGCCCACGAGCUGAGCAGAUUCUCUCAAGAGUAUCUGGUCCGCCACUUCCUGAAGAAAUCCUACAAUGCCCACAAUGCAGUGGAGGAUUGUAGAAGCCUGCAGGAGCUGUACAGGAAGUGGAAUCCUGCCAUAUGGGACGUGGCGACGUGUACCUUCUUACUGCCCCAUUUGUAGCGUUUAAUGACAAGAUUUUUAAACAGACAAAACUCUUGCCAAAUAUCUGACCAAGUAUAUUUAAAAAUUACCAUUUUUAUUGUAGUUUUGAUCUCUCCUUAUAUUUUCAAAUAGUUGAGCAACCAUAUCCAUAUUGAUCUCUGGACUCUGGACACUAAAACACCAAAACCAAGCUGCAGCUCAAUAAAUGUUACAAAAUGACCUAUUGUAUUUCCUUUGAUUUGGACACACAAAAGAUAUAUUUGACCCAAACCUCACAGAUACUUAUGAGAGAGAGAGCCUGCAGUGUACAGCAUUGUUUACAGUGUGAAUCAGAAUCAACUUUAUUGGCCAAGUUGAGCUUAUGCAUACAAGGACUUUGACUCUGGCAGCAUCUAGUACUUACAUAUAUCACUCAAACAAAAAAAGGGCAAAAAAGAAGAUAUAUACAUAUAUAGUUGUAUUCUUAUUUAGUUCAUAUAGUGGCUUUGUUUUCAAAUGUAACAUGUCUCAUGCUUAGGGGAAUGUGCUUGCUUCAUCUUGUUUUCAGGGUAAUGUAGUAAUGCAGUUAAGUAGAAUUAUUAAAUUUCCAUCUAAUCUACUCCAGAUAACCUGGUGUUUCCACAAUAGAUUUUCACAUGCCCCACCAUCACAACACACUGCACCAACUUCAGACUGUGAUUAGGAUCAGGCUGUUACUGAUAUUCUCUUUGUGUAAAGUAAUUGUGUUAUUAAAGGAAAAUUCUAC